UUCUUUUCCUUUAUUUUUUUCUUUAGAUUCUAAACCAAAGAUAUGAGUCUUUUGGAUUUUCCAGAAGACGUUAUUAUUAGGCUGAUAUGUCAUCUUGGGCUGAAAGACCUGCUUGCAUUAGGAGAUAGUAACAGCAAGCUACGUGAAAUUGUGUAUAAAAGUCCGGAAGUGUGGAAUAAUGGCGAUUUAUUGUUCCCAAUAGCGGACAAAAGUAUCACGGAUAAAUUUAUCCAAAGAAUCAUACCGCGUAUCACUAGACAUUAUGGUAUUAUGGAAUUGAAGAUGAUUGACUUACCUUUAACGUGGUCGGGAUAUCUCAUGAUUUUUGACCAAUUUGCACAUUCUGUAAAUCGUAUUGAAAUCAAAGCGACAGUUGAUGAGCUAAUCAAAUUAGUUCACCACCUAUCAAUCUUUGCAGGGAAUUUGGCCAUGCUUCAACAAAAUAACCAGAUACCGAUUACUUUUAGACAGUACGCAUUUGAUGACGAAGACGAAUACUCGGCAGCGUUGGCUGAUUCAAAUUAUUUGGGUCAAAGGACGUUACACAAUCUGAACGAUCAAUUUGCCUAUAUGAAACUAGAUGAUCCACCUUUUGAAAGACUAAAUGAUUUUCGUGUGGUGACUAAUGCAAAGAACUCACCAGACGAAUCUAUGGCCAUGAGACAGCUUGAAUUACUGGCCUCAUUUUUAUCUGGUAGACCAAUCAGCAUAAAUAAACAAAAUAUUCCAGGAUCACCUAUGCCUUCAGCAAGGAGCUCAAAUAAAAGAACAAGGGAACAUGAUCAGCAAACUACCUCUAAACAUUCAAGACAUUAUUCGCCACAGCAACAUCAUCUCCCUUCUUACUCUAGUUUUGCCUAACUAGUAUGUAUAUAAUCUAAUAAACCAAUCUAGGUUCUAGUUCAUAUAUAAAAACAGAAAAACGCCACAUACUUUCCUUAGUGCUUAUUAUCAUCACUAUUAUUUUUAAGGGGAGCUUGGUCUCAAGAGAGAAGGGCAUGAUUGCAGGAUAUAAACUUGUUGCUAAUUGACAGUUUUUUUUUUAAUUACACAUAA